CUGUAGGAACACAUAUAGUCGGUCUCCGUUCCUGUGAGAGAGAAGACUGAAGAGAGAGAGAGAGAGAGAGAGAGAGAGAUAUGCAGAUAUUCGUGAAAACCCUGACGGGGAAGACGAUCACUCUCGAGGUAGAGAGUAGCGACACCAUUGACAAUGUCAAGGCCAAGAUUCAAGACAAGGAAGGAAUUCCGCCGGACCAGCAGCGUCUGAUCUUCGCCGGAAAGCAGCUCGAAGAUGGCCGAACCCUCGCCGACUACAACAUCCAGAAAGAAUCGACUCUUCAUCUUGUGUUGAGGCUUAGGGGAGGGAUUAUAGAGCCUUCGUUGAUGGCUUUGGCUCGGAAAUACAAUCAAGACAAGAUGAUCUGCAGGAAAUGUUAUGCUCGUCUCCAUCCAAGGGCUGUGAACUGCCGUAAGAAGAAGUGUGGCCACAGCAAUCAGGUUUUUAACUCCGUUUUCUUGCUUUUACAUGUUUAACUAAUCUAUAAACUGACGUGAAUUUUCCUUCACUAUUAAUGCAUGACUCCUUUAUUGGCUAUUGCAGUUGAGGCCGAAGAAGAAGAUCAAGUGAGAUGACUAUGUUGUCUGUGUCUUGAUGUGGAGCUGGAGACUGGAGCUUGAUACUAUCCCUUAAUUGUGUUUUUUUUUUUCAAUUAUCUCCAUCCCUGAAUUGUGUUUGAUUUUCCCCCAAGUGCAUUUUGUGGGUACCAAGAUACUGUUAGUUGUACUGUAUUUUGGAUCUUAUUGUCACUAAAUCUUCUUCAUGAACAAGAUACUGUUCGUUCUACUGAAA